GGCGCGCGCGCAGCCUUUCCGCGCCCACGUGCGGCACCAAACGCCCAGAAAAGGUCUGCGCGCGCUGCUGCGCUCCGCCAAGCCGCCGUUCACCGCAGCGCGCUGCUCGCCCUGCCACAGCCGCACGCGCCACUUCUCAGCCCUCUGCUUUCAAAACAACUUCUCUCAGAUCACUUAUCAGUGGCAGAGGACUUCCUUUACCCGGUUCCCCCCCCCCCACCCUUUUUUUUCGAGUUCCCGUUAAAUCCCGUGGGAACCGAAAAGGUGUUCCGUGUGAUCCGUGCUUCUUGGCGUGUGCCGGGCCACGCGUUUUACUCAUGGAGGGAGACGUUAUGGACAAGCUGGACGACAUGGCCUCGGUGUACGAGUUCGACCCGUUUACAGGCAACAUUCCCGCGACCAAAGUGGAGAUCACCGUCUCGUGCAGGAAUCUUCUAGACAAAGACACAUUCUCCAAAUCAGACCCAAUGUGUGUCCUGUAUACACAAGGAGUCGAGACGAAGCAGUGGAGAGAGUUUGGCAGAACUGAGGUGAUUGACAACACACUAAAUCCGGACUUUGUCAGAAAGUUCAUCCUUGACUACUUCUUCGAAGAGAAACAGAACCUUCGAUUUGACUUAUAUGAUGUUGACUCUAAAAGUCCAGACCUCUCAAAGCAUCCCUCAGAGUUCAACGAUUUUCUUGGACAGAUGUUCUGCACCCUGGGCGAGAUUGUCGGCUCACCAGCAAGUCGAUUGGAGAAAACUCUUGGGGGGAUCCCUGGGAAGAAGUGUGGAACCAUCAUCCUGUCGGCAGAAGAGCUUGGAAACUGCAGGGAUAGUGCAACCAUGCAGUUUUGUGCCAAUAAGCUGGACAAGAAGGACUUCUUUGGGAAGUCGGAUCCCUUUAUGGUGUUCUACAGAAGUAAUGAAGAUGGAACGUUCACCAUCUGCCAUAAGACAGAGGUGGUGAAGAACACCCUCAAUCCAGUUUGGCAGUCUUUUACCAUCCCAGUGAGAGCGCUCUGCAAUGGGGAUUAUGACCGAACGAUUAAGGUCGAGGUGUAUGACUGGGAUCGAGAUGGAAGUCACGAUUUUAUUGGCGAAUUCACCACCAGUUACCGAGAGCUAGCCCGAGGUCAGAGCCAGUUCAACGUGUAUGAGGUGGUGAAUCCAAAGAAGAAGAUGAAAAAGAAGAAAUACAUCAAUUCUGGCACAGUGACACUGCUGUCUUUUUCUGUGGAGUCUGAAUUUACUUUCCUCGAUUACAUCAAAGGAGGGACCCAAAUCAAUUUCACAGUGGCCAUCGAUUUCACUGCUUCUAAUGGUAACCCGUCCCAGUCCACGUCCCUCCACUAUAUGAACCCUUACCAGAUGAAUGCCUAUGCCAUGGCACUAAAGGCCGUAGGAGAGAUCAUCCAGGACUACGACAGUGAUAAGAUGUUUCCUGCACUGGGCUUUGGGGCAAAAUUACCCCCGGAUGGACGUGUGUCCCAUGAGUUCCCUCUGAAUGGUAAUAUUGAAAACCCCUAUUGUAAUGGGAUUGAGGGGAUCUUGGAGGCCUACCACCAGAGCUUAAAGACUGUCCAGCUUUAUGGGCCCACAAACUUCGCCCCUGUGGUUAACCAUGUAGCCAGGUAUGCGGCGGCUGUCCAGGACGGAUCACAGUACUUUGUCCUCCUCAUUAUCACAGAUGGAGUCAUAUCAGAUAUGGCCCAGACCAAAGAGGCCAUUGUGAACGGUGCCAAGCUUCCCAUGUCAAUCAUCAUUGUUGGAGUGGGCCAAGCAGAGUUCGAUGCCAUGGUGGAGUUGGAUGGUGAUGACAUAAGGAUUUCCUCACGAGGGAAACUAGCAGAACGGGACAUUGUUCAGUUUGUGCCAUUCCGGGACUACAUGGACCGGACGGGUAAUCAUGUGCUAAGUAUGGCGCGGCUGGCCAAAGAUGUCCUGGCAGAAAUCCCCGACCAAUUUAUUUCAUACAUGAAGAGCCGAGGCAUCAAACCGAACCCAGCGCCCCCUCCUUACACACCCUCAGGACACACACACCACACACAGAUAUGAGGCCACCCUUCCCUGAGGGUGUGCUCAGCCUGACAUCAGCCUCCUUGGAAUUAUGGGAUUGGGACUGAUGGAGCAGCAGGCCACAGGCUCUGUGCAUAACUCUAUAUAUGGUCUCUCUGGGACACUCUGAGAUGCCAAGGCAUUUCUGUUACCGCUUUUGUUUCCUGCCUGUUUUCUCUGGGACAACAGCAUGAUCAAAGAAGCACACUUCAGUCAAGUUUUUGUCAAAAAAAGAAAAAGAAAUUUUAAAAAAAUCUCGGCUCAUGACUGUUUCUCUUUUGGGGCAGUGAGUUGAGAAGGAAGGAAGAGGACAAUAUUUGUGGAUUCAACUCGUGCCUGUCUGUCGUUGUCUCAGUGUACCUGGACAAGUAUUCCCUGCUCUGACCGUUGACCUUACUCCACAUUGGUGUACUAUGUGCAUUCAGGUGAAGUUUUCUGAUACUUUUCUUAAUGGCAUUCUCAUUACGGAUUGAGACUUGUUCAUAUGCAUUUGAUUUGGCGCUUUUGCGCACCACUCGAGUUAAGUGUUGCUUUUAUUUUUUAAAAUUUUAAAAUUUUAUUCCUAAUUAUAUGCACAAGGGUGAAAUUAAACUUUUAAGUGCUAGGCUCUGUCAGAUCCACUGCAAAAUAGAUUAUACGAGUAUACAUUCGACAAGGUUACUGCACACUGCAAUGCAACAGAUUUGUUUUUAUUUCCUGUUUGCCCUGUGCUAAGAUGAAUGGUCACAUCUGCUGUUCUGCAAUCACUCCCAUUUCUCUCCCGCUCGUUCCAUCUCUCUCUUUAUCCCUCUCUUCUGCAAGAACAGAUGAAUAGUACUCUGAAUAUUGUGGCCCACAGAAACCAAUUCAAUUUUGUCAAGACACUUUUAAUCAAAUGAGACCAGGCCUCUGUGAUGGACUAAAUUACAGUCCUGGGUGAUUAAAAGAUUGAUAAGCAUCGUCACAGCUUUGUUACUAUUUGCAGCAUGUUUUGUUCUCUACAGGUCUGGUGAGUCACAGGCAACAUAGACGUGGCAUUUCUGGUGACCUGUUCAACUGGGCAUGCGGUAAUGCUGCAGCGAUGAGUCACCAUAACAUCUAAGUGAAUAACUGAUUGUAACUAAUUAAAGCACACAAAAUUAGACAAAGUAUUAUUUUAUCUCCAUUGCAUGUCUAGUCAGAAUGAAUGAAUUCAAACAUUGUUUCUGGUUUAUGAAAUGAUAUCUAAGUCAAUAUAGGGUAUAAACAAAUAGAUCAGCUUUAUGUAAUUGUUUCUGUUAUUUGUCAAUUCCCAGCUGGAUAGUUUUCAUAUAAAUUACUGAAAAAAUGUUAUAGCAUCAUGUAUAUAAAUUACAUUUGAUUUCUUUCUCUUUAUGUUCCGUUAGGGCAUGCAUGAUCUUUUUUUUUUUCUUUCUCCUACACCAUAAUAUUCCAUAUAAAGGUAGAUUAUGAAUUCCAGGUUAUGAUAGAAUGACUACACAAUAUGCUCACUGUCCACCUUACUAGGAACGCCUAUGCCCUACUCAUUCAUGCAAUUAUCUGCCAUUCCUGUGGCAGCAGCACAAUGCAUAAAAUCAUGCAGAUACAGGUCAAGAGCUUCAGUUAAUGUUUACAUCAAACAUCAAAAUGGGGAAAAAUUGCGAUUUCGGUGACUUUGACUGUGGCAUGGUUGUUGGUACUAGAUGGUUUGAGUUUUUAAGAAACUGCUGAUCUCCUGGGAUGUUCAGGCAUAACAGUCUCUAGAGUUUGCACAGAAUGCACAGAAAGAAAAAAAAAAAACAUCCAGUGACGAGAGGCAGUUCUGGGUUUUUGAUUUUAUGUGUUGCGCUGCUUCCACAUAGUUUGCUGAUUGAAUAAAUUCAGGAGUGAGUAGGGAUACAGGUGUUCCUAUUAAAGGUAAAUGUACAAAUACUAUAUAAAGCCAUGCUAUUAUUGUGCCCGGAUACACAAUCUGUAAAACAAAACUAUACAUAUUUACACGAUAUGGCCAAAAGUAUGGGGACACCUGACCAUCACACCUAUAUGUGAGCCUGCCUGAAACUGUUGCCAAAAAGUCAGCAGAAUAAACACACAAAUGUCUAGAAUGUCUUUGUGUGCUGUAGCAAUCUGAUUUUUCCCACUAGAACUAAAAAGUAAAAUUGUUUCGUGAUGACAAUGCCUCUGUGCAUAAAAUGAAGUCCAUAAAGACAUGGUUAACCAAUGUUGGUGUGGAAGAACUGAACACCUUUUGGAUGAAUUGGAAUGCCAACUGUGCACCAGGCCUCCUUGAUAUCAGUGCCUGACCUCAACAAUACUGUGGCCGAAUGGACAAAGCCACGCUCCAAAAUCUAGUGGAAAACCUUCCCAGAAGAGUGGAGGUUAUUAUAACAGCAAAGAGGGGGACCAACUCCAUGUUAAUGCCCAUGGUUUUUGAAUGGGCACAUAUGGGUGUUAUAGUCAGGUGUCCACAUACUUUUGGCCAUAUAAGUGUAUUUCACAAGAAAACAAUCAGCAGUAAACAGCUGGCCUUCAAUACACUAUUGACUAAUGUUUAGAGGGUUCUUGCAUUGUAUUUUCAUUACUGUUUUCAACACACCCUUGUUGCCUUUUCUUUCAUUAGAGUUAUGUGUUACUGAAGAUAUUUCCUUGGAUAUUUGUACAGUAUUUCUUUUUAAGUAAUCAAUGUCUGAUUGCUUACUAGCUAGAAGAGUAAAAUUUUUUAAACAAAAUUACAGCAACUGUUAUUUAUAGAUGGAGCGCUUAGCCCAAUCUGAAUGCAUCAAGCCGUAUGUGGCGUUUUAGAAAUAUCAAGUAUUGUUCGGCUUUAGAGUAAGUAAUAGGCUCUUUUUCUUACGUUUACAGUCAUGUUGACAAGGGUGUGCUUACAACUAUAUUGUAACACGACCUUGCUGCAGGACAAAUACUUCCAGCACACAAUCAAAAUCUUAGUCCCCCCACCCGCCCAGUAUCUCCACAGUUAAAUUAUUCCAGAGAAGGCUUACAAAGACCUAUUUGUCAUCUACAUUCCAACCAUUAAUCUGCCCAUCGGUUCUUUGUAAUUUACCCAAGGUGUGACAUCAUUUUUCUUAGCUAACUCACUGUAUGUUGUGGAUCAGACCUGGAUCAUAAAUACAAAAUACUUAAAGAACGUAUAGAAUUUAGCACUCUCAAUCUAACCUUUCCAAAGUUUUCACAGCAUGCGUUACCCCUAAACAUACUGUGCGUUUGGCAAAGAACAAUGCUACAUACUAAUUAAUUUAAUUGAUUUCCUAUUUACAAUUUAUGAAUUUAUAAUUUAUCUUAUAAGUGAGGCAGAAUGCCUUUCAAGCAUAUAAGCAUUUGAAAGUCGAGAUUCUUACUCAGGGGUAACGAUGUCUCCUGAGCACUUCUGGGAUUUAACUUCUACCACUGAAGACUAAGUGGAGAGGCUCAUAUAUAAAUUAAUGAGUCUGUAUUUUUAGCAGUUCCCUCAAAAUAUUAAAGGGAGCACUUUAGUAUAAAGAUGUCGUUCCUUAAGAACUGUACACCUGUACAUGAUCCCUUUUCAUAUCAUUUAUUUAUUUCAUUCAUUGCCUGUAGUGGACCCUAAGUGUUUGAUCGCACCUUUACACCCAGUGUCACAUCUCUUCAAGCACACCUAAUUUUAACAUGUAAGGGGGAUGUAAACAUUCCGUGCCAACUUCUGUAACAUACUGUAGAGACAAUUUCAGCCAAUUAAUUGUGCAUGUAAUUGCCAAAUAUUGCAGCAGGCUUAGUGAGCUGUUUUUAUUUUCUUGCUGUACCUCUACUUCUGUUGCAUUUUUUGUGAUAUUUGCUUAGUUUGGGAACUGGCAGCCCACAGCAUGUCACACAGUCUGUUUUUAAGGUUUUUUUUUUUUUUUUUUAAAUAUAUGCAUUGAUUUUGAAUUAUUUGUUGUUUUUACUUAUUUUUAAUUUUUAGUUAUUAUUUUCACUGGCAUGUUUGUUUUUCACCUCAAAUGAAUUAUAUUGUACAUGAUUGUUGUUAUAACAGUGGGUUGUGAAAUGCUUUGUAUUGGAUUGCCUUAAUUGAAAAUUAAUAAAGAAGAUGAAUUCUUUUAGAAAUGUCUGUCCAGUGUGUGGAUUUGAUAUGUGACAUGGCCAAAAAUUAUUUAUUUCAUUAGAUUAUCAUUAUAUUAGUCAUAUACAAUAGUUGGGUGCAUAAAACUCAAUUUGAACAAAGUGAAUAAAAGGAAUUUAUACCACAGUGGUAUAAUCAGAAUAAUUAUGAUCAGAAGGUGGUGAUAAAUUUUUGUUAACAGCAGCUCUGAAAGUAGUUCCGGCUGGUUGUUCUAAUACAUUAUCAUUUCAUUUAUAAUGAUAUUAUAACAACUCACAGGGACUUGUCUGACCUACAUAAUCUAAGGCUAAUAAUAAAUGGAUUUAAGAGAAGUACUGUUUAACAAAGAAAAACAUACAAUUGUUGAUAUGGUGAAGAUUUCUGUAAGGUCAUGCUCAUUUAACAUAUCAUUUUUGGAAGGAGUCUCCAGUGUCAGCUAAAUUUUCCACCACAGGAAAAGUCUUUCAGGACAAAGGACUUUGUUCUUUCUGUUUUCUCAGUGACAUGACAAGCUGCGAUUUUUAUUAACUUCAAGAGAGAGUAAAAAGAGAGGCUGGUGAGGUAACGACUGUUUAUAGCUGUUAGAAUGUAAAUGAUAACAGGAACUAACUUUUCUUGUGGAUGUUCCACAACAUUAAAUGUAACUAUAAAUGGUUAAAAGCAUGAUGUGUCAUUCAUUAAAAAAUGAAUCGUUGCAUUGAGUCGCAUCACACCACCCUGUAGCAGAUUAUUUUCCUGUAACAGCACACUAUUGUGUUUUAUUCCGUACAUAUUACAAAUGUUGAGCAUUUAUUGUAUCAAUUUUUACAUUUAUCAGUAAUGGUGAGUAAAUUUUUCAGCUUAUCUAAUAAACUACACUUAAGAUGGUGACAAGAAUUCCCUCAAAACAUGUCAACAUCACAUACUGGAGCCAAGUCCUCAAGUCCUCUUCUUGAAGAACACAAAGUCUGGAACUUUAUUCUAGAGGAUUACACAAAUAAUAAAUAAAUAAUGACUUUUAAAGCUCUCUCAGACACACCAUCACACAAAUAUUUAUUAAUUCAUAAUAUAAGGAUUUAAUUUCAGAGCUGAAUCUCUCCUUCUAACCAGUUUGCUCCGAGUGCUGCAGUGUGUCCUACUGUGAAAUAAUAAACAGAGCUAAAAGAGCACAAGUGCUUCUGGGAAUCACAGACAUCUUUUCCAAGAACUUUGUUUUAGUGAGCCUGCUUAAUUAAAAGAGAUUAAUUCCAACAUUUGGUUAAAUGGAAAUGUACCAAAGCAAAUGUAUGUGAGCACUAAAAAAUGAACAAGCUAAACAAACUGCUUUACAUUAUACAUUUAACAUUAUAAAUAACUAUAAAAUCAAGUCUUUUAAAGGGAUAGAAAAGAAAUCAAGUCCCUGUCAAAUUGUGAAUGUUUCACUUUGACACAGCUGUAAUACUGAAGUGUUUUCAAAUGUUUUUUUUUUUAGAGUGAAAUGGAGUUGUUCAUUUAUACCUCACUCAAGUAUUAAUUUUCUUAUGUAAAAACCGGGGGGGGGGGUCUUGUUUAUCAAGUGUGUGUAUGUGUAGUUUUGUGAUUACAAUACAAUACAAUGUGAUUUAUCAUGUUAUUCUUGUGUGUAAGCAGGACGUGCAUAUAUUUAGAACUAAUCUUGACCAUGCGUAUGCAGAAACCCCUAGUAGAAAAGCAUCAUUGUGGGUAUACUGAUUAUGUGAAGCUCCUGUUGCACUUGUUGCCAAUCAUGUCAGCAUUAUUGACAGUAAUAGCUCACUGUGGUGUAGACAGGUGACACAGAUGAAAUGUAAAGUAAAAAUCAUAAUCAUAAAAGGCACAGCUAAAGAUUGAUUGGGAUGAUCCAGACAAUGGCUAGCCUUGCCUUGCUUUGAGUAUAUGCCACACGAACAUUUUUAAUGCGAGAACCGUGUUUUUAAGAACAACAGGAAUCUGUUUGCUCAGACUGAUGAGUGGCUGAGUCGAUUUCACUCGCACAGUGCAAUUUUCUCAGCUCGCUUACGGAGAGACCAAAAAACACAGCAAGAUCAUCUUGCAUGCACACUCAAGUCCUUCCUACUCCA